AUGGGCAAGAAGAAGCGCAGCCACCCCGACGUCGAGGAGCUCCUCGCUCGGCCAUGGUGCUAUUACUGUGAGCGUGACUUUGAGGAUCUGAAGCUCCUCAUCUCCCACCAGAAGGCGAAACACUUCAAGUGCGAGCGAUGCGGCAGGAGAUUGAACACGGCGGGAGGACUUUCCGUGCACAUGAACCAAGUGCACAAGGAGUCGCUCGCCGAAGUCGAAAAUGCCCUCCCGAACCGACAGGGCCUCGACGUCGAGAUCUUCGGAAUGGAAGGCGUGCCAGACGACAUUGUCCAGCAGCACAACCAGAGGAUCAUCCAGAACUACUACCAGGCCCAGGCUGAGCGACGUGCCGCCACCGGCAACCCCCCGCCGGGCCAGUCUGGAGGCCAGGGCCCAGCCAAGAAGAUCAAGAUAGAGACGGCAGACGAGCUCAAGAAGAGGCUAGCAGAGCACCGCGCAAAGAUGGCGGCAAGGAAAGCUGCCGGCGAAACGGGAAGCCCGGCGCCUCCGAAUGGGCAGAGUCCCGCGCAAAACGUAGGAUGCCCAUGUGACGUCCCUUCCUCUCUAGACCAGUCGCUGAUUCUCUCUCCCUUGCAGAACGGCCCCUUCCCCCCUCCCCAAGCCGGGUUCGAGUACCAACAGCAGCAGCAAUACGGACAGCCUCCCGCCGGCCAAUACCCCCCUCAACAAUUCCUCGGCAGCUACCCGCCCGGCGCUGCACCGUAUGGCGCCCCCGGAGCCCUCCCCGCCCGGCCUGGCAGCAACCCUCCCGCGCAGUCCGGUCUCCCGCAACGACCACCUUACGGGACUAAUUAUCCCGCCGGUGCGUAUCCCCCACCGGGCGGCAGCGCGUCCACCCUCGACGAGCUGGUCUCUGGCGCCGCUCGACAGGGCGACGAUAUCGACCAGAUGAUCCGCAUGGCCGAGGCCGGCAUCAAGGCUCCCAAGCCCGAGGGCGUAUCAGAGGCGCCUGCAGCCGAGAAGGUCAAGAAGGAGAAGGCGAUCAGGAUGAUCUACGCGGACACGGAAGUGAGCUUGGAGGAGAGGCUGGGGCAGAUGUCAAGAUACGCCUCGGCCGCAGCAUGA